CAACUGACCCUCCAUCCCACAGUUCGGCCGGAGGUCUGCCAAGGACUGCUCACCUUUUUUUAUCUUGAAUCUCUUUAGGCACCUGGAAACUUGAUCUCUUGUCUAACUUUGCUGUUUCAUUUCCGCUUCAUUGCUGCGUGAGUAAAUGUGCUUUGCUGUGUGACUGAUGGUGUCCCGCCAAGUCUUUGGUGCGAUCAGGAGCAUCAUUUCUGAGCCGGUGCAUCACUGUGUUUUCACUCAGUAAAUUUGUAUAUUGUUUCCUGCUGCAUGCAGACCUCAUAAGUAAUUCAGCGGUUGAUCACUAACAUCUAUAUUCCUCUACAAACACAACAGGUUUGACUGAGCGCUCGUCCAAUUGCUGAUGACCUGCUUUGCAUGUCCUUGUUUGAGACUUACUUUAAUUGGAGUUACAGUAGGAUUUUAAUCACAUAUUAAUAAGUGUAUUUAUUUAGUACUCCAACACAAAAAAUGAAACACGUUCAGUGCUAUAUCAACAACUCAGUAUUAUUGCUUGUACUUGUCUGUGACUUAUAUCUCUUGAAAAACGUAAAUUAUCUGUCUACGUUGUGGACGUUUCUCAGAGUUGAUGCAUCAAAUCGGCUCUUUUGUUGUUCUCUGUUGGCUGUUGCGGGGCAUGUGAGCGUGUGCGCACAUGUUGGCACGAUAAAUGGUGCGAUUUGCCGUGAAAUGAUUGUCUGCUGCACCGGUCCAUUACGCUCCCUAACCUUGAACUUUUUUUUUCUGCGAAAGUCAAAGUCCAUUUGAAAUGUUUGCCGCUGAAUUACCAGGUGCAGCUCUUUUCAAGUGAGUGUCAGGUCGGUGACCCAGUUCCGCUCUCAUGCUGGGCCAGUGGAGCCAAGUCAGUCAGUUAGGAAGUCACAUAUCACUGUGUGGACCAGCACGCGCCCAGGUUGUCAUGUGUGUGUAGGUUUACUAGAGAUUUGACAGUUGUCUCCGUGGCUGAAUGUGAUGUUCCCAUGGUCAUUCUUUCACUGUGUCUUAUUUAGAGAAAACUGGUGAAGGACAUGCAAUUCAGCCCAUAUUUAAGUCAUUUUUUUUUUAAUCUAGCAGAAUUAUUUUUGCUGUAUUUGGAGCCCUAUUUAUGGUUUAUAAGCAGGGGACCAAACCUGAGAGAGUCCUGGCUUACUGUGAUACAUCAGCCUCUUCUAUAUAGAUCAGGAGUUAAUAUUGUUCUUCUCGCUGCUGGAUCACUAACUUAACACUAAAGCUGAAGCUUAAAAAACAAAUGUGUUCAUUCCCCCAAUAGGUCAAUAGCAGACCAUGACCGACCCGUGACCUUGGCCAAUAAGGUCAUGCUUAGAGAAGUGGAUUUCAUUCUCAAAUCAAAUUAUAUAGAUAAAGUAAAUAUAGGGCAGCGAUACUGGAUCGACAAAAAUCACCCUGUGGGUAUUGUUUUUCUGAGAUGAUUGUUCCAUCGUAUUUAUUUUCAAAGCAUUGAGAGAUUUUGUAGAUUGUGGUGGCUGGCUCACCACACUGUCAUGGAGUCACAUUCCAUGUUCUGUCAAAACAGACUGUUGGACGACAGUAUUUAUUCAAUUAACCAACGACUCGAGUCCUGUCACACUGGGUAAAAAGUAGGUCAAGACUGAAUUUGUGGCGAGAUUGGAUGUGUGGAGGAACAGGGGGAGAUGAUUUAUGGCUGAGACAGUACUGUUCUCAGCCUUCACUGAUAGAUUUGAGUCAUAGAUUUCCUAGUUCUUGUUCUCUUUAAAUAUUUACAUUUUCCAGCUUCAUCCUCCGUAAGAAUUGAAUGCUGCUGUGCAGUGCUUGAAUGACCUAUAUUGUUUUGGAUAUAAAGUCAUCAAAGUUGCCGUUUCCUUCAUAAGAAUUACAUCCAGAGCAGUAGGAGGGAGAAAUCCACAGUUUUAAGAAAGAUAGAGGUUUCCUGUGUGAGGGAGGGAGUGAGUGAGUGGGAGAGCAGCUGCUGUUCACUGAAUUAUGUAUUUCUCUUGUCUUCUUAAUUGGACUUUCACAGCUAUUUUCAGCUUCCAUUAAUAAUUUAGUUAUUAAACAGGAGUGGUGUGUGUGCUUGAAAUUGUGUCUGUAAAACGUAUGAAGGUCAGUUUUCUGUCGGGAUGGUUGCGUUUUAAGAUCUCAAGCCAACAGUUCACACCUCCAUUCACACCUCUCGUGCAGACGGACUUGAAAAAGCUUUCAAUAUUCCGCUUUGAGCAGCAAAUGGAAUGGCGAGUGUGUUUGUGAUGUGCGUUGGAGUUGUGCGCCAUUCAAGCUGCCCUACUUUGCUGUGAGGUAUCCCAUGUGCUUUCAAAAAAGAGGUUGAUGUGUGAACACUGCGAGUGCCAGUGGGAGAGCGUUGGACCCAGCUGAGCACACUGACUUUGACAAAUUCAGGUUACUGAGGUGGAUUGAAUUGGCUCCCAGUUGGUCUCUAUCCCUCAUCUGGGAUUCCUUUUUUCUCUCUCUGGUGGAAAGUCGACAUUUUUGCGACAACGCUAGUAUCCUCUGCUCUACAGAGCGCCUUUGACAAACUACCCACAGUAGACCUUAAAGUACUUGUGUUAGAGUAGUUUAGCUGGUUUGCAAAAACCCAUGAAUGGCCCUUUAAAUUCACAUCUGGGGGAGAGUGUCAUCCAGAGAGUUUUAGUUUUGAAGCCAUGUUGCUCCAGACAACAGCAGACUAUUUUCUUCUCUGCUUUUUUUAUAAUGUACCCACUGAAGUUCCCUGUUUAGGUAUUAUUUACCCUCAGUUUCUCUAAGUGGUGUACACAGCUACAGCAGCGAUUUUCAACCAGUGAGCAGCGGCACACAAGACCGUCAGGUGUGUUGUGGGAAAUGAUCCAGUUUGACCUUUCACUUGUCCACAGAAAGAGGUGGAUGAUAUGAUGACAUUAAAUCAUGAUCAAUGAGAAACUGUUGACCAACGUGAGGAGAUUACAUGGAGCAAGUUCAGGCAUAAGUUCAAUUAAUGUUAAAGAUUUAUUUGGAAAACCCACCAAGCUUGAAUAAAAUCAUGCAAAGUGAUAAAAUCACAAGCUAUUUAAUGUAGGUAAAUAAAUAAAUCAUGAUAUAGUUUGCCAUAUUACAUAUUUCUGGAGACGUAUAAACCAUGUUUAGCUCACUCCGCCACUCGCACCAAUCUCUUCUUUGACGCAGUGGAAUAUGACUCCCUUUCACAAUGACUACAACCUUAAGCCUAUUUUUUAUUUGGAAAUGAAAUAAAUGGCUUUUAAACAUCCACCAAGAUUAUCAGUUUGAACCUUACUUGAAAUAUUUACUGCCUAGAAACCAUAUUUUCACCCCCGAUUCGGUCACAUUCUUUCUAUACACUAUAGAUCUAUGUUGAUCUGCCGAUUCGUCCCUCAGUCUCUUCAGCACCGCUCAAUAUAUGUGGUGCUCCUCUUUACGCACACACUCACAGCGAAGUGGUUUUGAAACCUGAUGUGCCUCUAUCUUGACCACACAUCUUCACCACAGAAUGAUGAGUGUCAGACCCGCGACGCCAAAGACUGUCUGCUAACAGAGCUCAUGGCUAACAUGACGUCUCACUUCAGAACUUUAUUGACACUCGUAGACUAGAAAAGUUUGCUUCCUUGUUUAAAAGUUGGCUAAAAACAAAAUGCACAACAAAAUAAAUGUGCACCAAAACAUGAGGAGAGAAAGAAUGAUUGUUGUUAUGAAGCAAGUUGAGGCAAAUAUCUUAAAUUAAUAUCAAAGAAAGACACAAAUUCAAAGGGAUUUUCUACAAGACUUUUGGCCAUGCACAAUUGCGCCUUGUGCGGUGCUGAAGAGGUCCCUUUGGUGGCGAGCCUCGAGAUUUUUUUCAACAAACCAAAUAUGCAGUUGCUUAAAAAGGUUGAAAACACUGCACUUGUGGAUAGAAUUAAAGCAAUAAUGAAUAUUUUAUUAUCGUACAGGGUCCCUGUUGUGUUUUCUAGUGGAAUCUCACACACCCAUUGAGCAGAGUCGAAUCAAAAUUAAACGUUUGUAUUCAUGAAAAAAUUUUUUGGUACAGAGUCAGAAUGAGUGACAGUCAGUGCUAUAACACCCUUCUACUCCUUUAAUCCCCUGACUCACCUGGUCGAGCCUUUUCUAGAGGAUGAAAGUGAAUGAUGGUGUUGCUCACUAUUUUGUCUGACACAGGCAGCUUAAAUAUGAAUAAUAAUGAUAUAAAUAAACAGGUACACCUAUGUAAGUAAGUAAAGCAGACGUCAACAAUUUCUCUCUCAUUAUUCUGCAACAACAUCACUUAGGUGAAGCACAAAAAAGCAAGAUUGGCUCAAUAGCUCCUUUCCCGACUCAGCAAUUUUCUGCAUCACUCCGUUGUGUAGUCAAUAGAGCGUCAUUAUUCCCCCAUGCAGCCGCACCUCUGUGCAACCGUCUGACUCAGCUUAAUAAAAACAUGAGCAUAUGAUCUCGUGACUUUAUCGUGUCGUCUCCCGUUCCCUGAAUGAGAAGGUCAGCAGUUCCCUAACUCCCCAGCAUGGAGGAGCCGAAGGAGUGAAUCGUUCAUCUUCAGGUGUUGCUAAAAGGUGCACUCCAUUCAUUUUAAUCUUCUUCGAUGUUUUGAAAACUGUGCAUCAGAUUUAGGUAUUACCAUUCCCACUGCUCAAUCUUGUUGCUGCAUGACGAAUGGAUUUCAGAGGUGUCGACCCAUCCAAGAUGAAAGUUUAACACACAACAGCAAACUGGUGGCAUUCAACUUCAUGUGUUCGACAGACUUGAUAAGUCUAUACUUAAACUACAGACAGAAACCAAAGCAGUGAAGAACAGUCCUCAGACAGACAAACAGUACCUCAGUCACAGCUAGAACCAAGUCUGGGUCCUGUCUCAUCCGAUGCAGAACCACCAGAUUCAGGAAUAGUUUCGUUCCUGGUGCUGUCAGGCUGCUGAACGUUAGACAGUAGCUGCAAUACUGUUCAUUUUUUUUAUUAUAUUAUAUUAUUAUAUAUUUAUCUAAUAUUUAUUUAUUUGUGGACAUACAGUUUUGUUUUUGGAAACCGGAGGCCUCAGACCGAAAUUUCGCUGCCAUAAUAUAGUGAUAUGUUUUUGUGCAAUGACAAUAAAGUAAGUCGAAGUCUCCUAGUUCCUUGGUGUUCUGUCCUGCUAUGUGAGUGUGCUAGUGUUUACAGUGUCUCAUCCCACCGGUAACAGGAAGCCUUCUGAAGCUCUUCAGCUCCCUCCACCACUCGCACCAACCCCUUUGUAACUCAGCAUUUACCUUCUUAGACGCAGUCCAGCGUGACUACUUUCACACUGACUACAACCUACACCUAUUUUUUUCAUUUCGAGAUGAAAUAAAUGGCUUUAAACCUUCCACUAAAAUGAUCAGUUUGAAGCUCUACCUUACUUGAUAUAUGUACUUCCUAUCUUGGCUUCCUUUUUUUUCACCCCCUGGGUUGAGGCCACCAAUCAGUGUGGACCUCACAGGAAAAAGACAACUUCCGCUGCCUGCAGUGACACUUUCCCUGUAAUCCCAUGUGUCAUGAUCUCCUGGUGGGGGGCCACUUCAGAGUACGAGUCUGAUUCUUCUCUUGCCCUACUUCUCUCAACUUGACCCUGGUUGGCAUAACAAGAGUCAACCAGAGAGGGAAAUAACUGUCAUGUCUUAGUGGUGCCCAACCUGUGACACGGCCUACUUUGUCCUCUUCAAUAAUGUGAUCAAGUGUGAAAUGAAAUGGCCCCAAGUUCGUGACCCCAGACCUUACGCAGCGGAUCCCCUAUUGUUGACUGGUAUUGCGCCUCAUUUUCUCCACCCAGCAGUGUCUCCCCAAACUCCAAAUCAAGAGGCCUACUGUAUGUGAGGUGCAGCUCCUCAUCACUGCUUCAGUCUCCAUUUGUAAGAAUAACAGACCUGUUCCAGUCAUGUCCACCAGAUGACAAAAAAGGUCUCAUGUUGACCCCUGUGUGUGACGUAACUACCAAGGUACCCUAUUACCUGAUACUGGUGCGUCCACUGAGCCCAUCUUUCCACUUGCUCUAGGCUUAUUUGGGGACUUUAUAGUCUUUAGGGAAAGUGUUUCUUAUGUAAGAACACAGCUGAACUUUGAGCUUUGCACCAGUGUAAUUUAUCUUCUGAGCUUAGCCGCUGGUCUGUCUCCAAGGCUCCUGUGAUAUAGCUGAGGUUACUAAUUAUGGUCCCGCGGGGCCGAAGCAGACGCGGGGCUCGGAAGAUGAUGCAUGGAAGGUGCUCGGAAGCUCAGGUACAACCAGGACAGCUGGACAAGAGCCCACGCUGAUUCCUAGCUUUUACUAUGUACUAGGCUGGAAAGUUUUUCAUCUGCACAAGCAUGAUACUGAAAUUGUUCUGUCGAGUGAAGAUAUGCUCAAUUCUGUCUUUAGAUGCAGACGUACCGUCACCGCCUGACACUUCUUAAGUUAGAAGGCAUGUGAGGAAAAGAAGAACAUGGUGGAGGUGAAGUUUGGAAGCUCCACUGCAGGCUGGAGGUUGUGGACACGGAUAGAUCAAUCUGAAUGAGAAAAACAGGUCACUGUCUCGAAAAAACUUGGCGGUCAACCUGCUCAGAAAUACAGGUCCUGUAGCAACAAGCAAAAGGGCCAUUUGAAUUCUCUAACCUGUGGUUACUGGUAUUGAGAGGAAGGCACCUAUUUGCACCUGAAAACAGGCAAGAAUCUGAGGUCAAUCGCAAAACACGAUGCAUGUUGCUCUGCCAUUGCUAUUGUGGGGCGCAGUUGAAGAUCAGAAGGGUCGUGGACUUGGAUUGAAUUGAUCGGUACCUGCUGGGUCCUGGUGUUGAGUCUCGCCAAAUUGGUUUCUGGUGUUAUUCUUUCAAAUUGUGUCGUAAAGAAUAUGCCAUGCAAGAACCAGCCCAUUUCCCUACGUUGCUUUGACACUCUGCUCUCUCCAGCUACUUUCGACAGGUACUGGCAGCUGCAGAUUGGAAGGGACCACUGAACACUUUUGUGGAUAAAAAUGUUCCAUUCUGCUUAAAAUAUUUCAGAAUUUUAAGUUGAGAUGCUCAUGAUUUGAAGUCAUAAUCUACUGCACUUUGUUUUGGUUGAUCAACAUGAUCAAAAUAGUGUCAUGCUUACGAGGACCAGCUGCUACAGUUCAUCAGUCCUGCAUCUGUAGUGACAGCCUUAGUGUCGUCAUGUCUGGGUUGCCGUGCAGCACCGUUUCUAACACCUUGUGAAUCGAGUGCCGUGUACACCUCCUUUCAGGCUGAUUCAGUGUGACUUGUUCAGUGGUGCGCUGCAUUAAAAUAUUCAGAGCUGUGAUCUGAAUAUAAAAUGAAUACAUUUACUGAAUUGUUGUCAGUUUGCCAGUAGAACAGGACGUCUUCACACAUUUUGUACAAAUAAACAAGACCACACAGAGUCCAGUACGAUGUUGAUCACUCACCAUGUAAACACCUUUAGUCCAAUCGGUUAUUUUUAAUACAGCUAAGCAGAAACCUGAAUCUUGAAUGCUUGAGCCAAAAAUACUUUCUGUUGUUGUUUACCUGUUUAUUCGAACAGAAACUUUUACUAGAAUAUACUACUGCAAGACCACUCCGAGUAUGUGUAGAGGUGGAUAUUUUCUGAUUUUAAGGUCACCACUAUUCAGCAAUAAGUGCAUGAAACACUACGGUAAGUAAUAAACAAGCUGUUGAAUCCAAAAGUAGUGUUAAUGUGCUUCAGUCCAAAAACUGCUGCAGUGCUUUUGGCAUAAUCCAUUCAGAUGAAUGUAGCAGUAAGAUGAGCAGAUGAGAUUCAAAACUUUGAUAACUAAUGAGUACAAUAGAACCAGUUGCAUCCAUUUUUAAAUGCUCGAGAGACAUUUUCACACAGAAUUCUUCAUUCCUUUUUACACCCAGACUUACAGUAAAAAGGAAAUUGAUGAGUUCAUUGUGGUAAAAUACCAAUUAUUGUUUCACUUCGACCAGCAAAGUUCACUUUUCGGAGGUAAAAUGAAAAUAAAAUUAAAAGAAAAAAUCAGCAGAUGUUUCUUCACUAAAUGAAUCCCAGAACCAAGUGGCAUUUCAUUCUUGAAUAUAUCCCUAAAUAUGCAGUGUUGAGUGGAGGACACAUGAAGGUCCUUUGUGUCAAGGCUGCGCUGUUCUGUCAGAGCUUAUCAGACAGUGUGAGCGGAGAAUGUUGGGGAGGCCAGAUGGUUUAGACAUGUGGAGAGGAGAGACAUGUUGGAUGGAGUAGAUGUGUAGUGCUUGGUUGUGACUAGGGAUCAGGUUGGCUGGUGGAGAGAGAUGUAUGAUAUACUGUAGGUAAACAAAAGAAGAUAAAAGAAGUUUGUUCAUCAAAUCCACGUAUUGAGUGCAGUGAUUUUUGUUUCCUUCCUAAGAGGUGUCAUGUCUGACUGCAGCGGAGCUCCUAUGUUUUCUCGUGUCGAACUGCACUGAAGGCUGAAUGAAUGUCAAAUUGCCACAGAGGACGUGAAAAUGUAUGCAGCGAUCACGUGACUGGUCCAUGAGUGUGUUAGUGAGUCACACGUGAGUCUGUGUCAGUGCUCAGAUUUUGUCUCAGCAGGAGGUGGAUGUGGAUUAUCAGCAUAGCUGGAAUCACUGAAUAAUAAGCACUGAAUAACAAUGCUGUUAUCAAUAAUAAUGCUAUCAUUACUAAAGUGUGUCAGAUUCCAAUGCCAUAUGAAGGUGCAGACUGUACACUGGAUCCAAACUCAUAACUUGACCAGAAUCUUCUAUACUGCUCUGGUUCCACUAGUCCAGUGUGUCUGUACCUGCUUGCAUUCCUUCCUUCUUCUUUCUCAGUGAAAUGGCUCUAAUGUUGUUGUAUCUGUCUCUAAAUGUGGCCAAUAGAUUGACAUUUUAAAAAACAAAGUACCAGAAAGGCACUGUAACCUCCACACGUGUGGACAGGAGGGGGCUAAGAGGUUAAGGGGCCCCCGUGAUACUUUAUAUAUAAAACACUGAUGUAUUAUUCAGGUUGUUUAGAAGGCUUUAUGGAUGCGUUUCAGUUUCAGAGUGGACCACCGUGGCUCUUUCUUCCUCGAUGGUUGCCGAGCCCUGAUUUGAUAAAUUGAAAUGGCAGCUCGCACGUGCUAUUCCAGAGGUAGAGCCAAGAUCACGGGGCAAUUAGGAGCAGUACCCAGGUGCGAGCAGAGACGUGUGACGGAGCGGUGUGACCUGGCGGGGCUUUUAGUUUGACACAACUGUCAUGGAACAGUGUGAGCACCAGACGGGCAAAGUCUGAAAAUCCAAGUCACAGAAGCACCUUAAGGAUUCAUUGGAAAUAAGACCAAGAUAUUUUUGAAGCAGCUUUAGAUCUCCUGUAGUUUAGAUUUCAUCGCUGUGAUGAAAUACUACUUAAAGAAGGUCGGUGUCAGCGCGUUCAUUGUGGCUGAGAAAAAUGCUGAUUCGUCAUCUCGCUCUGGCUGCGUGACCCGUGGAGAGUCUUUUGGAACCAUUUGUUCUUAUUUCAGAACUGGUCUAAAUAUGAGCAUCGAGCUUAUAUUUAUAGAGGUGGCCUUCAGACCCAAAAUACGUACGUCCCUGCAUUAUUUUGUUUUCUGACGCUCUCAGAGGAAGAGGAAGGUGGAUGAGUCAAACUGUGGUCAGUUUAGUCAUGAAGUGUGAGCGUGAUUCUGCCUAUCCACUUCAACAAGGUUUCCUCUUUCAUGAGACAUCAUCCACUUGUGGUUUUGGAGUAUUCACAUGCAAGUUUUGACCUAUUGCGCUGCUCUGUUGUCAGCCCUGGUGAUGUCACAUGGUCUGAUGUUGACGUUCACACGUGCAACAGUUUCAUUCUCACUUGUUUCUUCAGUCCUCGACUCACCUGUCAGACCAUUCACAAGUCUUGCCUCACACAUGACAGAAGGCGAGGCUCCUCUCUGGACUGGUGUGAUCCACCGACUGUAUUCAGCUGGGGGCGCUCAAGAUCAUUCAUCUUUGUGUCAAUUGUAAACGUGGUGGCAAUCAAAGACUUUCUAGUCGAGAUUGAUGUUUGGACACAUCUGAUUUGGUGGACAUUUGAAAUAAGUAGGUGAAGGUUCUUCCAAUGAUAUGGCAACUAAAUGUAUCACAGUGAAAGGUUAGUGGUAGUAGUAGUAUCAUAGUAUCAUAGUGAAACUACAUUGCGGAGCAUCAUGAAGUGCCACACUGAAAUAAGAAAUAAACUCUUCCUGCAGCCAUUCAGCAUUGGUUUAGGUGUCCAACUCAAGGCAUGUGGGCCAAAAUCCGAGCCCCAAGUUGUUUUUAUCUGGCUCUGAAGAGCUUUGAAAAUGUAUUUCGAUUGGAACAUCUUGACCACUUCAAACGCAGGUUGAUAUGAAGACCUGUGAAGGCUUCCUGCUCGAACUCUGGCUGAUUGUGCUUGGGUUUUUGUCCGGCACUCCGCUUUCCUCCCACAGUCUGGAAACAUGCAGAGCUUAAUAAGUGGCACUGACAUGUCUGUAUGUGUGUGACUGUGUGUGGACUGGUCACCUGCAGUCACGCGGCGGGUCGCCAUGUUUGCCCCCAUGACUAAGCAGAAGACACUGCUGAAGGGAAACAUGUUAGGGCCCUAGACUGAGGUCAGAAAUGCUACUCCAAGAUGUCCUAGAACGUCCCCUAUUGAAAGUGCUAAUAACUGUAAAUGGUAAAAGCUCUUCUCAUGACAGUGACCUAGAUGAAACCUCAAACAAAAAUAGCCAUCACUCCACACUCAUUUGUCGUCGAAGCCACUUCCUCUCUGGAAGCCAGACGUGUCGCAGUGAGACACAGCGAGGAAGUCGUUCCAGACCUGCGGCUGGCCUAGAUCAAGUCCUGCCACAGGGAAUGUAAACUCAGAGAAUGUGUUUGCUGACUUUCAGGCCUGUAUUGAUGAGUGGCGGGCUAAGUGUGUGUUUACGGUCGCCCGUGCCUGUGUGACGGUGUGAGUCCUCCAUCAGCUCCUGUUUACACUGCAGAGGCUCUCUGACGCUGGGCCGCCUCUCGCCUCGUCCAUCAGGAAGACUUCCCCAGACCUCCUCUGUCUCUCAUCUCCUGACGCCGCUUACAUUCCAGUUCCGGGAAGGUUUUCUAUUGUUGUCUCAGAUCUGGUCGGAUUCUUCACAUUCCUGCCGUCUGAGGUGACGGUGAAUUUCGGUCACGGUGACUGUGCGUGAGCCACAAUUGGAUCUGAAGUUUGAGCUUUCAUCCUGGAAUGUCAUCAACAACAGCUUGGUGACAUUGUUAGCUUCUGUGCAAGAGAGAGUCCCGUGUGCUGGGAGUCUGUCGACGACCAUACCAUACAAUAUUUCAGGUGUUAUAGUGCCAGAGUUUUUCCUCUUUGUUUAUCAAAGUAACUUGUUGUGAUCACAUGGGAUCAAGUGACUCAUGGAAUCACACAGGCAAACGUGAGCUGAUACUUCAUUACUUCCGUGCCUCCAUGAAACCCGCGACAAUCACCUCGUAGUUAACAAACUCAGUUGAGACAGUCGAGCUCUGCUGCGACUCCAAGUGAUGCCAGUAAACAGUCUGGAAAUAAACCACGCUUUGAUGGAAAUAAAUGCCCUUGCUGGUAAUGUAGCUGCUAUUAACCCCGCGUGUUUUGUCUUGAGACAUAGUGGGUGGAUGGACUUGAAAAUAUUAAGCUGGUAACAGUCACACGGCUCAGCUGGUGUAUUUAUAUUAGCAAAGAACAUCAGUUGAAUCUUCACGUGGCGGAUGUGCUGUGGAGUCGAACGGCAUCGUCUGCCUUCACGUGUCCAAACCCGGCCGUGGGGACUUAAACAAACCAGAAGUAUCCUGCCCUAUGUGACAGUGUUGAACUAUCGUUUCGUCAAACUUGUGCAACUUGUUUUCAUGAUCAAAACUUCAAAUAUUUAUUACAAAAAAGGCUUUUAAUAGCAACAUUACUGAAUUUUUUUUAGCAUGUGAAGAUGCUUCAGCUGAAGAAGUACUUGUGUUUUAGAAGUAAACAGUCCGCUGCUCAUGGUACUGGUCUUGUGUGUCACUCAGGUGGAGAAGUAUUCAAAUUGAAUUACAGUACAUGUUUGCCCUGCACAUGAAACACUGAGUGUCAUUAGAUUUGAAAGAAAUUCAAGAAAGUUUAAACAUGAUGCUUAUGAUGCAAUAUCAUUCAGUGAAGUGCAUGUUUUGGAAUGUUUGUGAAGUAACACAAUGGGUGAGUAAAGACAGCAUAUGUGCUUCCUUGCCCUUUUUAAGGACUGACAGGCUGUUAAAUAUUUGGUUUCCUGAGAUUCCUGGUGAUGCAAGAGUCAGUUUACUCACCAAGAGAAUCUGAGUCAGACAUCAUAUUAACCGAGAAAGUCGGGAAAUCCUGAACUGUUUACACCGUAGUCUUUGGCUUUGCAGUUAGCCAUCGAGUAAACAAAGUUUUAUGCACCUAUUUAAUAUUAUUCUGAACUUUUUACCUCCCAAGUGGACUAAUAAUUUAGACUUAGUCAAAUAGUUCCCAGGAUGAAGUCCAGUAUUGCCAGAACUUUCUAAUUCUUGCUAAUGGCUACAGUGAAAACAGUGCAUUAUUUUUCACUUCUUGAACACUCAUGAUGACCGCAAGCUGUUUUAAUGGUAAAAUGACCGUGAAAUAGGCAACACAGCUAACAUGAUCUGACCCUGAAGUUCAAGUAUACAGAGAAAGCGCUUGUGUUUCUGACACUAUAAAAGUCAAACAGUAUACGUAUAUGUUCUUGACCCUCAUCCUGUUCAUACGUACACUUGUAAGGAGCAGUAGAUAUGCUGGUUUUAGCUCAGGUCAGGAGCUUUUUAAAGACCCUGUGAUGUCAGGCCCAAUUGUCGUCUGGACACGUUGAUCAAAAGAAAAACCUGUGGUUUAUGGGAGCCAAUUAAAAUUGACCCAAAUUGUCAUUUUCCCUCAGUGGACUUUGUCCAACAUGGAGAUGUGUCUUUCCGAGCUGACCUAGAUGAAAGUUGGAAGUGCCCUCUAUGCAUCAGAAGUCGUCAUGAAAGAAAGGGGCUGCUGUGUGUCGGUGAGACUCCUGCAGGGAGCCAGGAGUAUUUAUACAUGUGCUGUGCUCGGGACAAUAACAGGCUCCUGUUCUGACUGGGUGGCUGCUCCUCUCGGCCGGUACUCUCAGUGUAUCCAGAGACCACCAGGCGUGACUUUGGGGGUGCAGUUAAUGUUUGGCUGAAGCGAGACAUUCCCACACACGUUUGGCUGGAUGGUCUGAUCAAGUUCACAGUCAGAUGAUUGAUGAGGUGUUCGGCUGCUGCACGUGGACGUGAGCUCAACACAGCUGUGCGGUGAUAGUUUUGGCGACGAGGGGAAUGAAGUAGCUGAGUGUGUCACGUGAACUUGGAGUGACCGCCAUGUGGCCGAGAGCCUGAUGGCUGCUUGUUUUCUCUGGCCUCUCAGGGUAACAUCGGGGGAGGAAAAAGACAAAUUGCAGUGAUGAAUAGUGCAGGAGAGACAAAAGAAGGAAUAGAAGAAGAGGUAGUGCAGUCUGGAGGGGGAACAGAAGGGGGCUCAGUAUCUCUGGGUAGAGCUCAUUCACCCGCAGAGCCAGCUGAGGAGCACUUGAGCCGUCGAGCUUUGUGAUUGGAGGAGCGCGAUGCGGCUCUCUCCCCUCCCCACUGAGGAAAGAGGUGCAGCGGGGACGUCAGACUCGCAGCAGCUCAGACUCUGAAGCAGCGCUCUCUGAUGCUCUGGCUGAAACAUGCACCCGAAGCAGCAGGGGACGGACCAGAAGACCACAUAGAGCCUCCUCUCCUGUGUUGGGGACCUGCGGUUCUGAUCUGAAAACCUGCCAUCUGAGCGAGACAAGCUGCAGCGACCAUGGGCAGGCAGGGACAUGAUUCCGCCGCGCCGGCGGCUGGGAUGCGCAUCCAGCGCUCCCAGAGUAAGAUGAGCCUCUCCGCAUCGUUUGAAGCUCUCGCCGUGUACUUCCCCUGCAUGAACUCCUUCGAUGAAGAAGAUGGGGAAGCAGGAGGGAAGAAGUUACGCAGCACCAUCCAGAGGAGCACAGAAACGGGCCUGGCGGUGGAGAUGAGGAGCAGGAUGACUCGGCAGGCCAGUCGGGAGUCCACCGACGGCAGCAUGAACAGCUACAGCUCAGAGGGAAAUCUCAUCUUCCCCGGCGUCAGGCUCUCCUCUGAUGCCCAGUUCAGCGACUUCCUGGACGGCCUUGGACCUGCCCAGCUGGUGGGACGGCAGACACUGGCCACGCCUCCUAUGGGUGACAUCCAGAUCGGCAUGGUGGAGAAGAAAGGAGCUCUGGAGGUGGAGGUCAUCAGAGCUCGUGGUCUCGUGGGUAAACCAGGUUCCAAGGCACUGCCAGCACCGUACGUCAAGGUCUACCUUCUGGAGAAUGGAGUCUGCAUAGCCAAAAAGAAAACAAAAGUAGCAAGAAAAACCCUGGAUCCUCUUUACCAGCAGCAACUGCCGUUCGAAGAGAGUCCCGGAGGGAAAGUUCUACAGGUGAUUGUCUGGGGCGACUACGGACGCAUGGACCAUAAAUCCUUCAUGGGAGCGGUUCAGAUACUGUUAGACGAGCUGGACCUGUCCAACAUGGUGAUUGGCUGGUUCAAGCUCUUCCCUCCUUCCUCUUUAGUGGACCCGACUCUGGCUCCGCUGACCAGAAGAGCAUCGCAGUCGUCGCUGGACAGUUUCUCUCGGUCAUAGCAGCGUGAGGACUGAUAGCGUUGUUGUAGCAGCCCGUGUUGCGAGCGCAGGUCACGCCCCCCGGUUACACUGCAUGCUUGAUGUUGUGUCUUCUGAGCCUGUUUCUCGGGGUGCAAAUGUGAUUCUGUCUUUGGAGCAAAAAACGUCGCACACGUUGCGCACGUGGGCGGAAGGCGUGCGGCGGGCGCCUGGCAGCCAGGAAAGCCUGGCGUUGUUGUACGGAGGAAGCUGGAAUGAACUCCUUAGCACGAGGAAUCGGUCAGUUCCAGGUUUUCAUCCACUUUUGAAGCCAUGGGGGGGCAGCACUGGGAACCGCUGGGGUUCUUCGGUAGCCCUUUUUUUCAGAAUGAAACAUAAACGUUUGGCUUAUAUUUUGGCUUUCAUUUCCGUUUGUUUACUUUCAUUUCUACGUCAGUGUAUCUGCAGGGGUGACAGUGUUUCUUACCGAGUGCUUGGUCACGCCACGCCAACUGACCUCGCUCGCGGAGUCCAUCACUUCAGGCUGAGGUGUGUCCCAGCUCGCGCCCACACUCCCCCCAGACCGAAAAAAAACAAUGAAACAAAACUCCAGGUUUAUCGACUGACCCCAAAGCGUGUUGGUGAGAACACCAGGAAGUGACGGCAAUAUUGAGGAGGGUCCCAUCACGCACCAGGACAAAUCCACCAUCUUUCUUUCUCUGUUGAUAUACUGUAUGGAACUAAACAUGAUGACUAGUUUCCCUCCUUCAUUUCAGUUUGCAUGAACACAAAUUUAGCUGAAUAAAAAAAAGACUUAUUUUCUUGAGGCUGCAACUUGCAAAAAAAGAAAAAAAAAGAAUAAAUCCAGCCAUUUUCAACAAUUUCUAUGAUUUUUAAAGAUAAAUUUCACUAGUGCAUGGUUUUCAAGGCGAGUGAAUGCAACAUCGUAAUGAAAAAAAAAUAGAUCAUGAAGACACAUUCAGGCGUCUGCCAAAGAGCAGAUGAGGAGGAGCAAAAAUACUGAAAAUAUUUGUGUGAGAAAAAAACGGAACUAAAUGUACAUGAUUAACUUUGAGGCGUAUUAAGAGAAAACAUGACGUGCAGAUGUUUCUUCUUCCUCGUCCCAGGGUACUUUCUCACCACCGCCAGUCCGGCUUUGAAGACCGUGGCUUAUUUCUGUAUGGUUUCCGUCUGUACCUUUCAUUUGGGGUUUGAUUUGUUUAACAAGCAUGUUGAAAAGGAUUCUCUGCAACAUGGCUUGGGCACACCUUACAGUAACUCAGCAUGUUUUGAUAAAGAUGAUAUUUGGGAUUUUUGCAGUUUCUUGUACAGUGCAUGUCAACUUCAUCCCCCCCUCCCCCCACCACCUAGAAUUGAACUUUGCAGCGAAAAUUAGCUCUCGGUCUUCCACGACCAAAUAUUAAAGUUUUAACAAAAAACAUUCCAAGCCGCCCCUCCCUCCUACCUUUUAUUUUAUUUUAUUUUUUUCCGAGGAAAAAAAAUAUAAUGUGACGAGGAAAACCUUUUCUAUUCAAUGGAGGUCGACGACACAGUUGUGAUUGCAAGUGUAUUUUUAUUUCAGUAUUGUUGACGAACAUGCAAAAACAGUCCGCACCGCGAGAGGUCCGGACAGACGUGUGGCGCCGCUGUGUCGCUGUGGUCCAACCAUCACAGCGCUGUUUGUUUGUUUGUGAAAAAUGAGCUAAUCACAAGUUCAAAUAAGGGAUAUUGCCACAGAUAAUGUUCUGUUUUCUUCUUGUUUUCAUGGAAAUUCAUUGACUAUAUUUUUGUUAAUUUUAUUUACAAGCCAAGACCAGUUUGAUUUUUUUUUUAUUUUCUAUUUUUUAGUAAUUAUUGAAGAAAAAAAAUAGACUUCUCAUAUCUGGGAAGUUGAUGGAUCUUAUAAUUGCAGUAUGUCUGAAUGAAGCUGAACUGAGGCGCUCUUCCUCUUCCACGGGACCUGUUUGACCAUCCGGACUACAGAUUCUAUUUUCGUUUCCGUCUUUUCCCCCGCCAGUGUACAUAACUUUUAGAUGUCAGGAUUUGAAUACUCCUGUACCGGUUCCACCGCUUGCCUCCUCUGGCGGAGGCAGAGCGCCUCACGAUGACAAAGACAUAUGUUAUUUAUCCUUUUGAAUGCCUUUUCAGUUUCUCUUUUUGGUGCAAUGUGUUAAUGCCAAGGCUAUGUCUUGGUCAAGUAUGGUUGAGUACAGAGAUUUAUGUAAGUUAUUUUUCAAAUUAAAAAUUAAAAAAAUUGAUAUUACACUG